AUGACUAAUCAAGGAGGUACAGGAAGUGUAGCAGAUAUUUUCAAGAAUGCUAAGAGCUUCUAUGAUGACUACAAUGGUAUCAUGAAUGUUCCAGCUUCAAAUUCCCCAGUUGCUUUAGAUCACGAUCAGAGAUCUCAUAAUAGAGCGUUAAUGGAGAUGCAACCAAUAUACUCAGACCCUCCACCAAAGAUUGAUGAGAGCGAAUUAGCAUACAAAGAAAUACAGAAUGCCUUUUACGUUGUUAAGAACAUUAAUGGUCAAAAACUUCCUGAUGAGAAAUGGUUAGACCCAAUAACUAAAGCAGGAGAAAGAUUCAUUAUGUUUAACAUUGACCAAUACAGUCCAAGAGGAAAAGAUUACUUCAACAAGAUGUUUCCAAGAGUUAUGGCAAAGUUCAUUGGACAGAUAGACCUUUUCAAACAGAAGUGGACAUUCUAUUACGACUUUGAUGAGAAGAGAAACAUUUUGCGUCAUUUGAACAUCAAUACAAUGGGAUCAUUAGUUCAUCAGUUACUUAAUGAAGCUCCAAUAGCAGAAGUACAAGAAUUAGCAUCUAAAGUCCUUGAAUCAAACUAUGACUUCUUCCUUUGUAGUAUUCCUUCGUUAAGGAAGAUCGAGAUCUUUGACUAUACAGCUUAUUCAGAUGUUGAUGCUUCUGCUUUGAGAAAAGGAACGUACACACCAUAUAAACUCACAGCUGAAGAACAAGUUAUGUUAGAUACGAUGAGAGCAGCAGGUCAAGAAAAGAUCGCACUCAAGAUCAUCAAACAAAACCAUUCAAAGAAGAGAAACAG